AUGUCUAAUAUACCAACCGACUCAGACAGUGACUCGGAUGUGGAAUUCGAGGAUGUGCCUCUAUCAUCUCGUCAGCGCGCAACAGAUGACACAGGUGCUUCAAUCCAUUCAGUCUCCUUCCAAACACCCCGACAGCCAUGGGUCCCAACACUCUUCUUAUCAGCUCAACGGGCCGAACCUAUCCGUCCCGGCUCGGAAGAAGAGACCCAGCUGCGUGGUCGGCUGAGUACGGGCAUAGAAAGGAUUAAUUAUCGCCAUAUGAAGUCUCAAAUGGGUAUGGAUGAGUCUAGUCCUGACUCUGGCGCUCAGGCUUCUGAGAGACGAUUCGAGGGUUUCGGGGAGUUGGCUGCUGAGGUUGGUGGGCUGGUUGAUAUACUUUGGGCUUCUGCGAGUCCUUCUAUCCAGGUUGAAGGCCUUAUCUCUCUAGCCGGAUUGACUGAAAUGGCUCUUUCAACUUACAAUUUCGACCCGGAAGCUACGCUAAACAUUCUACAUAAGUUUGAUGUUGUCUUCGCUGCUCUAUGUACGGGUCUACAUCCAAGUACUCAUACUCCCCUCCCUGGUAUAGUAGAUGGUCGUCCGCUCGUUACGCAGACGCAGAAGGUGCGCAUUCGAAGUUUAGCGGAGGGGACACGGACAAGGAUCUUUUCUUGUCUAAAUGAGGCGGAGUCGAAUGAUAAGAAUGGAUAUGUAAAUGGGAAUGGGAAUGGGAAGGUGGAUGAAAGUGAGGAAAAUAGCGAUAUUGAUGAUGAUGCUGCGCAUGUUUCUGCGCAGCCUUGGUUGAUGGAAGCGGCUGGUGUCUAUGAUAAGACAUUGAUGUUAUUGGCAGAUCAAGGGGAUGGGGCUGGGGGAGAGAUGCCGUUGGAGGGGGGUUGUUUUGCUGGUUGA